UCAUCAUAAUAAUGAAAAUUUAUUAAAAUUUAUUGUGCAUUAUCUGUUUAUAAUGGCCAAUAUUCAAUUGUUAUGGCCAUCAUCGAUAUUAAUAACAUCGGCUCAACGUAUCCUAAACGGUGAUUUAGGACAACUAGAAUUUCACAACAUUUAUACACGUCGUGGUAGUAAUGCAACAAUUGCCUGUGAGCCAGCAUCUCGUGCCACCAAGAUUUAUAACAUUCAAUGGUUCAAAGAUGAACGUAAAGUUGUUGAGAUUGAAAAUCAACGAAUUAUCAACUGGCAAGUGGGUGAUCAUGUUUCAUUUGUACCGGAAACUGGUGCCCUUUUAUUACGUUCAGUUUCAUUCCGUGAUUCUGGUGAUUAUCUUUGUUUGGUCAAUAAUAAACGUGAAAAUGGCCAAGUUCGACUUAUGGUUCAAGAUGUACCAGAUCCACCGGGCAAACCAUUUAUAAUGUCAUUUACAUCUCGUUCAGUGAAUUUAUCUUGGGCACCAAGUUUUAAUUCACAUAAUUCACCGGUAUUGAAUUAUAUUAUUCAUACAAGAAUCGGUGAAAAUGGUGAUUGGGAUAGUAUGAAUGGCAUUUCCACAUUGGAUAAUCGUACCGAAUAUUAUAUUGAUAAAUUACAACCAUUCACUGUAUAUUCAUUUCGAGUCAUUGCAGUCAAUGCAAUCGGUGCUAGUCAACCAAGUAAAGAAUCCUAUUAUACUGUUACAUUACGAGAAAUUCCAGACGGAAUUCCCAUUGGAUUUCGUUGCGUAAACAAAUCAUCAUCAUCAUUGAGUUUGGAAUGGCAUCCACCACCAAGGAAUACAAUUCAUGGUGAAUUUAUUGGCUAUCGUUUACGUUAUCAUAAAAAUGGAAAUUCAGCAUCUUUAUUGGUGUUACAUGAACGUGAAAUCACUAUUGGUGAUCCGGAAGCAAGGAAUUAUACCAUAAGAAAUCUGGAACCAUAUACCGAAUAUUUUGUAACGUUACGGGUAUUCAAUCCAAAAGGUGAUGGUCCAGUUGCUACAUUGGCAGCUACUACAGAUGAAGGAGUUCCAUCUCCACCACGAAAUGUUACUGUACAACGGGUAAAUAAUCUUAUGGCACGUGUACAAUGGUCCGAACCAUUACAACCGAAUGGCCGUAUUAUCGGCUAUCAUAUCUAUGUUCAUAAUAUGGCUGCUAAUCUAACUGAAGUGAAACGCUUUCAAACAUCUGAUCUAUCUCAACAUUUGAUGGAAUAUACAAUUCAUAAUCUAAAACCAUUUACACAGUAUAAAGUUUGGACCAAAGCAUAUACGGAACGUUCGGAAGGUGAAGCUUCAAGAACGAUUGAAUUUCGUACAGAUGUUUCUGGACCAUCAGCACCAUAUAUUUCUAAUCUUACUUGUGAAGGCGAUGAUGCUCUCAUUGUUCAAUGGACUCGUCCGGAACGAUUUUAUCAUAAAAUUGAUUAUUACUUUGUAUAUUAUCGUUCCGAACAUGAUUCGGAUGAUAAUUUUGACGAAAUUCCUAUAAAUAUACCCGGUUUUGAUACAUCAUUUGAACAUUAUACUAAAAUAACCAAUUUGACAAAAGGAACUUUGUAUGAAGUCAAAGUUCAAGGAGCAACGCGAAGUCUAAAAGAAAGUAGUAAACUUUAUCGUGGUGAUUUUAGUGAAUCACGUAAAGUUAUUCUUCAGAGCUAUGCAUCUGGUUCGGAUCUUAUUUCGGCUUCAUUAAUGGCUGGAUUAACAUGCGCUCUAUUGGCAUUCCUACUGGCAGUGGCUAGUUUUUUUCUUUGGAGAAAAUAUUUUCAAGCUGCCUAUUAUUAUCUUGAUGAUCCAGCUAUUGGUGGUGGAAGUAAUCCCCGAUCAUCACCAAAUUUAUCCGAAGUUUAUAUUGAUGAAGCAGAAUAUCCACCAAUAUUGACUGGACAAUGGUCAAGACAUGUACAAGAUUUACAUUGUGAUGGUGAUAUUGGUUUCACGCGCGAAUAUGAACAAUUACAACGUUCGACCGAAGUACAUGCCGAUCGUCUUUCAUCUGAACAUUCACAUAUGGCUGAAAAUAAAACAAAAAAUCGUUACGUAAAUAUUGUAGCCUAUGAUCAUACACGUGUACUGCUUAAACCAUUACCUGGUCAAAAGAAAACUGGUCAUGAUUAUAUUAAUGCCAAUUAUAUUGAUGGCUAUCGUAAAUCUCAAGCUUAUAUCGGCACUCAAGGUCCAUUGCCGGCUACAUUCGAUGAUUAUUGGCGUAUGAUAUGGGAACAACGAGUUUGCAUUGUAGUCAUGAUUACCAAUCUAAUGGAACGUGGAAGGAGAAAAUGUGACAUGUAUUGGCCAAAAGAAGGCACCGAAACGUAUGGUAUAGUGCAGGUUCGAUUACUACAAGAAGUUGUAAUGGCUACCUAUACAUUACGAACUUUUCAUGUUAAAAAUCUUAAAAUCAAAAAGAAACAUGGAAAUGAACGUACAGUUUACCAAUAUCAUUAUACAAAUUGGCCUGAUCACGGUGUACCGGAACAUCCAUUGCCAGUGUUGGCGUUUAUUCGAAAAUCAGCUGCAGCUAAUCCACCCACUGGAGGGCCAAUCAUCGUUCAUUGUUCAGCUGGUGUUGGCCGUACUGGAACUUAUAUUGUACUUGAUGCUAUGAUGCAACAGAUUAAACAUCGUAAUUGUAUCAAUGUAUUCGGUUUUCUCAAGCACAUUCGACAGCAACGAAAUUUCCUCGUACAAACAGAAGAACAAUACAUUUUCAUACAUGAUGCAUUAUUGGAAUUUCUUGAUGCAGGUGAUACCGAAGUACCAUCAACGCAUUUAUUACGUUAUUUACAAACAUUACAAACCGGUGGUGAACCAAAAUUGAAUGGUACCGAUAAUGGAUUGAUACCAUCAACAAUGGAUAAACAUAGUCAUUGGCCAUUACUUGAACGACAAUUUCGUAUGGUCACCCAAUUUAAAGCAAAAGAUUUUAAUGUUGUUUCGGCAUUAAAGCCAUGCAAUAAGCCUAAAAAUCGUUCAUUGAAUCUGAUUCCUUUGGAAGCACAUCGUGUUCAUAUUCUACCACGUACACCUGGUGCUGAAGGUUCUGAUUAUAUUAAUGCUACAUUUUUGACCGGAUUCAGUCGACUUCGUGAAUUCAUCAUUACACAACAUCCAAUAUGGGAUACGGUCCCAGAUUUUUGGCAAAUGAUUUGGGAUCAUAAUGUACAAACAAUAGUGAUGCUUUCAUCCGUGAUCGAUGAGAAAGAAUUUCCACAAUUUUGGCCAGAUAAAGAAGAUGAAGCCGAUUAUGGUUCAUUUAAAGUGAAAUUAAUUGAAGAAUCACGUCUGAUGUUGAACUGUGAAAAUGGUGGCGUUGGGGGAGGCUGUCCCAGCGGAGCAGGUUUCAUUACUAAACGUGAUUUAAUGUUACAAUCGACUCAAGAUGAUUAUGAACUAUGUUGUCGAUUAGUACAUUGUUCUGAUUGGCCUGAACGACAGCCAUUGGCACAGGUUUUUGAUCUCAUAAAAAUUGUCCAAGAUUGGUGUACAUCCGAUACUGUCACAUCAUCCGGUGUAUUGGGACCGGUAGUUGUAGUGGAUAAAUUUGGUGGAACCGAAGCGGCCACAUUUGCCAUAUUGACCACUUUAUAUAAGCAGCUCAAUUUUGAAGAUUGUGUGGAUGUUUAUAUGUAUGCUAAACUAUAUCAUCUACGACGGCCAGGUAUAUGGCGUUCACAGGAUGAUUAUCUGUUUCUAUAUCGUGCUUUGGAAGCAUUAGUAUCCUCAUCUUCAACCGUACAAUAUACGAACGCACAAACACCACAAUCCGGUUCCGGUACUAAUGUCAAUACAUUAACAAGUACAUCAUCGGCAACACAUUUAAUGGGUUCAAAUACACCACCUCCAUUAACAACGUCGUCAACGCCCAACGAAGCAUUGGCACAAUCAUAUGCAACAUUACCACGUGUUAGUUCACGUAAUAGUCAACAACAAACGCAGCACAAUCAAUUUGGAACAAGAGGACCAAUUAAUUUAGAUCAACAACAGCAAACACAUUACGUUAAUCAACAUCAACAUCAUCAUCAUCACAAUCAUCAACAACAUGAUAUUUCACCAAUCAAUCAUCAUCAAGCUGUAUCACAGCCACAACAACAACAUUAUCAUCAACAUCCAACUGUACAUCAAAAUCGUAAUCGUACACCAUCACCAUUUAUGUGUGAUAGUCCACAGCAAUUAUUAUCGGUACAAGCUACAACCGGAACAGCUGGUUAUAAUUCCUAUCAUAUAUCGAUGAUGUCUACAGCUAACGCUAAUGUUGAACAAGCAAAUCAGAUUGUCCAUUCAUAACAUACAUAGACAGACAUUAUGAAAAUCAAAUAUCAUCAAAAUCUAAAUUUCAACGAUACUCAACGAAUGAAACGACAAUGGUAUACAGAACAAAAAACCAUUUUGCUCAACCAAUUUUAGGUGAAUUUUAGAACUUAAACAAUUGCAAUUUUUCACAACAAUCGUCGCCAAUAUAUUAUUUUAAAAAUUUUUACGUCACAUAUAUAUGCUUUACAUACGUACACAGCUCUACAAAAAAAAAAAGAAAAAAUUAUUAUAAUCAAUUAUUUGUUGUUAUAUCAUUGUUAUGAUCGUGAAGAAAUGAAACAAUCACCCAGAAAUGAUAUAUGUUAUAUUAAUCAAUGAACGAUUCCCCAAACUACACUGCUAGAAUUUACUGAUUUCAUUUCUCAUUUUAUUCAUUAUUUUCCCUUUGUUUUCUUUUUUUGAUUGCAAUUUUCAGAAUUUGA